UAAUGAAAUUUCCUCGCAGUUUUACCGACGUCGUCGACACCGACCGAGAAGAAGGAGAGGAAUCAUGCCUCGAUCGAAACCAACUCGCUUCUGGAAGCAUGUCCGCCUCACAUUGUUGAAUUCCUCCUCCAGCGAUCGAUCUAGGGCGAUAGCCGUGUCCGACCCGACGACGACGGUGAGUGACGACGAAGAGUACCUGACCCUCAACCUCGCCGACUCCCUCACCACCUUCGUCACCACGCCCUCGAUGACCGACUGCGAGACCGACUCGUCGUCCUCGACCCCGUCGCGGAACUCGGCGCCCCCUUCGAGAUCCUCCUCGAUCAAGGACUACUCCCUUGGGGGGUGCGGCCUCGGGAAGGUCGAUAAGGACAAUCUCCGUCGGAGGGUCAUGAUUCCGGACCGCCUGGCGGUGUCGAUCGUGGAGGCUGUCAGGUCGAGGAACAUUGCGGCGGGAUUGGUGGCGGAGGCCGCGGCGAGGGAGGUCGGGUGGGAGGAUGAGGACCCGCCGGAGUCGCCCUUGGUGCUUUUUAUUAACUCGCGCAGCGGGGGACGACUUGGCUCCGUCCUCAAAGGACGGCUUGAGAACCUGAUCGGCGCGGAUCAGGUAUUUGAUCUUUCAGUUACAAAGCCUUCUGAUUUUGUUCAGUUUGGUUUGGCAUGCUUGGAGAGGAUGGCUGAUCUAGGUGAUGAUUGUGCAAAGGCUACUCGUGAAAAUAUGAGAGUCAUGGUUGCAGGUGGUGAUGGUACAGUAGGUUGGGUAUUAGGAAGCCUUGGACAACUUUAUGAAGAGAGCAGAGAGCCAAUUCUUCCAAUUGGGAUCAUUCCACUUGGAACAGGAAAUGACCUGUCCAGGAGCUUUGGUUGGGGAGGUUCAUUUCCUUUGACAUGGAGGUCGGCUGUGAAAAGGUCAUUAUACAAGGCAAUUACUGGUCCUAUUUGUCGUCUUGAUAGCUGGCACAUUGUUGUCUCGGUUCCAGUUGGAGACUUAAUAAAGUUGCCACACUCUCUUAGACAUCUGGGUGAAAGUACAUUUACACCGGAUGGGUACAUCGAAGGUCUCAUACCUGAAACCAUGACUUGCUUUGACGGAGCCUUCUACAAUUAUUUUAGCAUAGGAAUGGAUGCUCAAGUUGCAUACGAUUUCCAUCAACUACGUGAUGAAAAACCAUAUCUUGCACAAGGACCAUUAACAAAUAAGCUGAUUUAUACUGGCUAUACUUGCAAACAAGGAUGGUUUUUUACUCCUUGCAUUAGUGAUCCAAGUCUAAGGGGACUCAAGCACAUUCUUCGCUUAUCAGUUAAAAGGAUUAAUUGCUUAGAAUGGGAACAAAUUCCUGUUCCAUCAAGUGUCCGGGCAAUUGUGAUGCUAAAUCUUCACAAUUACGCAAGUGGGAGGAAUCCUUGGGGUAAUCUGAAACCAGAAUAUCUUGAAAAGAGAGGCUUUGUUGAAGCCCAAAUGGACGAUGGCCUGCUUGAGAUCUUUGGCUUCAAGCAAGGGUGGCAUGCUUCACUUGUUAUGGUUGAAAUUAUAUCUGCAAAACACAUUGCACAGGCUUCAGCUAUUCGUCUCGAGAUCAGAGGUGGGGAGUGGAGAAAUGCAUACAUGCAAAUGGAUGGGGAACCAUGGAAGCAGUCAAUGAACACCGAGUAUUCGUCAUUUGUGGAGAUAAAAAGAGUACCUUAUCAUUCACUUAUUAUAAAUGGAGAGUGAAAAUUUUGUGCACUGGGUCAGGGGUAGAAUCGGGAUGUUUGCUUCUGAAAAUUUUGCUCCUACUACAACUUAUUUAGGUUUGAGGAAAUUGCAUUCCAUGUCAAGGAGCACAAGAGCCAACACUGCAUCAUUCAUUCAGGGUUGGCAAGGAUCAAAACACUCAAAAGUUUUGUCCACAGCUUGUGACAUCAACUAGCAUUUGCACCUAGUCCUUGUCUCAUAUACCUCUCGCAAUAAUGAUGAGUUUGAGAAAUUUUCAUCUCGCUUGUCAAGUUUUAAUUUUUUAAAUGAAAAUUUAUUGUUAUCAAAAUGUCCAAAUGAGUUUUGACGCAACAAUAAAGUUGUUGCGGUGUGAUUUGAAGGUCACAGAUUUGAGUCGCAAGUUUUGUGUACCAUAUUUCCUUUUAUUGUUAUCAAAAUGUCUCUUUUGAUGAGAGUUUUAUAAACUAUGAAAAAGAAAACCAUGCGUCUCUUAUCAUUUACCUUCUUUUCCUCUAAAAUACCUUUUGAACUGUGUUCACUUCACCACUUGACCAUUAACAUCAUUUUCUUUAAUUAUAUAUUUUAAGAUACUUUUAGAAGAGUUUUAUUAGUCAAUUAUGUUUUGUUCAUGAGUUGUGAGACUAUUCUUCAUCUGAUAUCAAAACAAAAAACUAAGGGUAAAAAUCAAAAGGAGGGCGUCUCAAACAUUGUAGUAGUUAUUUGUAGUUUCUUUUUACUAAAAAUUAAAUUAGCACAUUAUUAUUAGACUAAAUAUAAUAUAUAUAUAUUUAAAAUUUUAUUUAAAAAAUAUAAAAGUUAAAAAAAAGGUGUUCUCAUUAAUCAUUGCAAAGUUGGAGAAGUGGCACUGAUCUUCCUUUCUUAUCCAAACCUUUGUUUGAAAACUGUGGUCUUUAUUCUUCUUUCCAUUCUCAUUUAUUUAGCCUUGUUUGUAUUAGAAUUAUGGUCUCUUUUCCCACCAUUAUUGUUCCUUCUUCACAGGGCUGUCCUUGACGUACUCAA